AUGAUGAUCAAGUUCACGGACCGCAGCAUUCAGGUUGGGGCAGAGGCAGUAGAGGGCGACGUACAGUACAUCUUGGAACUUGCUGGCGUAGAGCAGAGUGGUUUCCAAGACGAGAUUGGCACAGCGCCCAUCGCCAGAGUGAAGGCUGAGCUGAUGUGGCCCUGGUGGUUGCUGGGGGCCACUCGCGACGUGACGGUGGCCUACCUGCAGCGCUGCCCGCGCGCGCCCGAGUGCCCCAGGUGCCCGCUCGCGUGUGCUGCGUGCCCCACCUGUUCGCGUCUGGCACCAGCGAGCGUCACUUGCCCCGAGUGCCCAUCGCUGACCUGCCCGGCGGUCGCGGGCAUUGGCGAGGGCGAGGAGUGCGACACGUGGGGCGCCUUCCUGCGGGGGCUCGUGUUCGGGGUCGUGGCUGGCGGCGUCGGCUCCUUUGUCGUGUCCAAGGCGGUGAGCUAUGCAAUGGGGUGGCUCAGGUACGUCGGGGACGAUCUAGUUCGCCAGCGGUGGGUUUCCGGCCGCGUGGCGCUAUCGGCUCCUGAUGCAGGCUGGGACAUCGUGCCGCGUGGGAUGAACGCCGCCCGCGUGUACCGUUUUGCUCAGGAGCCGAGCGCAGUGGAGAAGCAGGCCUACCUUCGCGACGCGGAGCUCCUGGCCGUCCAGCGCUGCCAGCAGAUCGCCGCGCAGCUCGGGCGGCCCGACCUGCUGACGUCGCUCGGCGCCUACUGCUACGGCGACGUGAUGAAUGGGCACACGCCGUCUGCCGCGGCGGUGCACGGUCGUGACCUCCACGUAUUGGCGGACGGCACCGCGAUAUUCGUGGAGGAGGUCGCGCCCACGAGCCUGGAGGCCUUCAUGGGCCGCGCGGAGGGGUUCGGUCGCGACUGGCUGGUGACGGGGCCUCGCGAAGUGUUCUGGUGCACCGACUUCGUCAACAAUGAGGAGAUGGGGAUCGAUGGCCACCGUGAUCGAAUCCGUGCUGUCGCCAAGCUCGAGUGGAUUCAGUGGGGGGUGCAGGAUCACUUUCAGUGCUCUCAGUUCAUUCGCUUGCUGCUGCAGUCGGGCCAGUGCGACGGCGCGACUCUUCAGGCGUGCGAGGCCAUCUUCAGGAGGAUGCUGACGAUAGAGUAUUCGUACCUCGAGAAGGGGCGCGAGCGAGAGGGAGCGAACCGGAGUGGCAGGCUGUCGAUCGAGGGGCAGACGCACUUCUCAUGGUCGACGCGGUUGAUCUCGAGCCCGAUGGUCUGCCCCGACUU